CCCGAGACAUAAACAAAGACAAGGAUAAUCUUGUUAAGCGGAAACGCUCUAAAGGAUCUGAUGUACAAAUAAAAAAAUGUAUAAAUAAAAAAAAGGAUCUAUUUUGACAUGAAAUGGAUAUAUCCAUAGACCCCUGACUUAUAUUUAUGAGAUAAUAAAAUAUGGAAAAACCUUUACCAAGAAUUGGUUCACGUAGGAAUGGACGUAUUGGUUCACGUAAGAGUGCGCAUAAAAUACCAAAAGGAGUUAUUCAUGUUCAAGCAAGUUUCAACAAUACUAUUGUGACCGUUACAGAUGUACGGGGUCGAGUGAUUUCUUGGUCCUCCGCCGGCACUUGUGGAUUCAGGGGCACAAGAAGUGGAACACCAUUUGCAGAUCAAACCGCAGCAGGAAAUGCUAUUCGAACAGUAGUGGAUCAAGGUAUGCAACGGGCAGAAGUCAUGAUAAAAGGUCCUAGUCUCGGGCGAGAUGCAGCAUUAAGAGCUAUUCGCAGAAGUGGUAUAUUAUUAAGCUUCGUCCGGGAUGUAACCCCUAUGCCACAUAAUGGCUGCAGGCCCUCUAAAAAAAGGCGUGUGUAAAUAUAAAUAUUGAAGAGAU